UACUAGCUAGCUGCAUUGAGAACAGUCUCUUCCUCUCUCUCUCUCUGUCUCUCUUCUUCUCGUUUGCAUCUUCUAGUUAGCUAGCUCUUGCUUCUAUCUCGUGCAUAAUUUAGAGAAGCAAGAAGCAAGGCCGGCCGGCCGUCGCACGGCGGCUCACCGUCGACGACGUACGGAGAUACGUUCAUCCGUUUUCAUGGCCGGCCGGCUACCACCGUACGACGACGUCGCAGAAGCAGUGAAGAUCUCUUCGAGUUGAUGUGGCAAGGAGGAGGAGGAGGAGGAGCCAGCAGCUUCGACCAGCCGCCGCCGCCGGUUUCCUACCACCGCCUGUCGCCGCCGCCGCCGGCGAUGGGGACGACGACGACGACGUUACUGCCGGAGCAGCCACUAGUUGAUGAUCAUCAUCUCCCAGCUGCUGCUGCUGCUCCUCCAUCGGAGGAAGAGAUGGCAGCGUGGCUCUAUCCGAUCGUCAGUGGCCACGAAGUCGCCGGCGGCGGGUGGCGGUCGCCGGAGGCUCAGGAUGACCGGCGAGCCGCACCGGCGCCGGAGAAGAAACAGAUGGAGAAAAUGCCGGCGGCGGCAUCGCCAACGACGACGAUGAAUAAGGAUGAAACAAGCGACGACUCCGGCGAGAGGAAGAAGAAGAAGGCGUCAUCAGCGGCAGGAAAAAGCAAGCAAGCAUCACCACGCGGCUGCAGGAGCUCACAACCUUACAGAAAAAAGGCGGAGGUUCAAGAUAACUGAGAGGUUCAGGACGCUGCAGCGUCUCGUCCCCGGAUGCGAUAAGUCCAACCAGGCGUCGACGCUGGACCAGACAAUCCAGUACAUGAAGUCGCUGCAGCACCAGCUCAAGGCCAUGUCCGUCGUCGGCUCGCCGCCGGCGCUGCUGUACCCCGCCGCCGUGCACCCGCAGUCGUACAUGCAUCCACCGCCACCGCCGCCGCCGGUCACGAUGCCGAUGCAUCCAGGGAUGGUUCUUGCUGCUCCUCCUCCAGGGGCGGCGCCGCCGCCCGGCCCUCCGGCGAUGGUGCCAUUCGGAGCUAUGCUCCCUUACCCUCCCUACCCGGCGGUGCUGCUGCCGCCGCCGGCGGCGGCGACACUGUACGGACGGCCGCCGGCCCCCGCUCCCGGCGUUGCAGCUCGUCGACAUGGAUCCAGCGGCGGCGGCAGAAUUAGCAAGAGCAGUAGCAGCAGCCUGUGCAAGAAAUUGUAAUUGGGAUGCCAUAACAAACACGCCUGCAAGAGAGAAACAAAAUCAGCCAAAUCAUGCAUGCUUCAAACCGGGGAUUAUUCGUUGUCAAAAUUGAAGUUACUAUAGGAGAAUUAACCAUUUUAUUUUGAGAGCCUUCUUACUCUUCCUCAUGAUGACACAUGCGAAGAGUGUUAUAUUGUUAAUUAAUUUUUGGAUUCCAUCAACUAGAACCUCAAGUGUAUAAUUAGUUAAUUUAUUGUACUGAGUAAAAAAGUGCAUGAGCACUAGUAGAUCUA